AUGGGACGUAACAAUGGCAUGUUUCGAUAUGCUGAUGGAGUGGACAAGCUGCUGAUGACUUUUGGGACGUUAGGUAGCAUUGGAGAUGGAUUGCAGAUUCCUCUAAUGAUGUUUAUGUUAAGCGAUGUCAUCAAUACUUACGGAAAUCCCAGUGGUGCACUCUCUUUCGAUACCGUUAAUGAGUUUGCACUCAGGCUACUCUAUGUUGCAAUUGGAGUUGGACUAUCUGCUUUUGUUGAGGGAUUGUGCUGGGCAAGAACAGCAGAAAGACAGACUUCCAGGAUGAGACUGGAGUACCUGAAAUCUGUGCUUAGGCAAGAUGUUGGUUUCUUUGACACACAAGCAGCAGAUUCUUCCACCACUUUUCAGGUUGUUACCACUAUCUCGGCAGACUCCAAUACGAUCCAAGUCACCAUAGGUGAAAAGAUACCCGAUUGCCUGGCUUACAUGGGGUCCUUCUUCUUCUGCCUCAUAUUUUCCUUCAUUUUGUCCUGGAAGAUUACACUUGCUGCUCUACCAUUAAGCCUCACCUUCAUUGUUCCUGGACUUGGAUUUGGGACAUUAAUGAUGAACGUUGGCAUGAAAAUGAUUGAGUCUUAUGGAGUUGCUGGUGGAAUCGCAGAACAAGCAAUUUCCUCAAUCAGAACUGUAUAUUCUUAUGUAGCAGAGAAUCAAACUCUUGUGAAGUUUAGCAAUGCGCUUGAAAACACUAUGCAACUAGGUAUAAAGCAAGGGUUUGCAAGAGGCUUGAUGCUGGGAAGCAUGGGAGGUAUUUAUAUUAGCUGGGCUUUCCAAGCUUGGGCUGGUUCCCUUCUAGUUAGCAAAAGGGGAGAGAAGGGUGGAGACGUUUUUGUUGCAGGAUUCAAUGUUCUCAUGGGAGGAUUAAAUAUUUUGACUGCACUUCCAAAUCUUACUGCCAUCACGGAAGCAAAGGCUGCUGCUAUUCGGAUUACUGAGAUGAUUGAUAGGCAGCCGACCAUUGAUAAUGAAGAUAAAAAGGGGAAAGCUUUAUCAUAUGUGAGAGGAGAAAUUGAGUUCAAAGGUGUCUAUUUUAGCUACCCUUCAAGGCCGGAUACACCCGUCCUACAAGGCCUGAAUCUUGUAUUCCCAGCAGGCAAAACAGUGGGACUUGUUGGGGGAAGUGGUUCUGGCAAGUCCACCAUUGUUUCCUUACUGCAAAGAUUUUAUGACCCUAUUGAAGGUGAAAUAUUUUUGGACGGAUACAAGAUAAAGAGACUUCAUCUUAAAUGGUUAAGAUCCCAAAUGGGUCUGGUUAAUCAAGAACCAGUCCUCUUUGCAACUUCCAUAAAAGAAAACAUCCUCUUUGGAAGGGAUGGAGCAUCUAUGGAAGACAUGCAAACAGCAGCCAAGGCUGCUAAUGCCCAUGACUUCAUUAUUAAAUUACCUGAUGCUUAUGACACUCAAGUAGGACAAUUUGGAGUUCAAUUAUCCGGAGGACAGAGGCAACGAAUAGCCAUAGCAAGGGCUUUGCUGAGGGAUCCAAAAAUUUUGCUGCUUGAUGAAGCUACAAGUGCAUUAGAUACACAGUCUGAAAAUAUUGUGCAGCAGGCCAUUGAUAAUGCAGCUAUGGGGAGGACUGCAAUCGUCAUAGCUCAUCGUCUCUCCACAAUUAGAAUGGCAGAUUGGAUUGUGGUUCUUCAAUCAGGGAAAGUAGUUGAAUCAGGCACCCACAAUGAGCUUAUGCAGAUGAAUGGCGAAAAUGGUGGGGAAUACUUUAGAAUGGUGCAGUUGCAGCAACAAACGAUGCAAAAUGAAGCUGACAAUAGCUUUAACUAUCAGAGUGACUGGAAGAGUCCGUACAAAAGGACUGUUCCUCCAAGUCCAUUGAGCGUCAGAUCAAGUGCACCAGGGACCCCAGCUCUCUAUGCUCUUAGUCCAGGCUUUUCGAGGAGUGCACCGUAUUCCACUCCUUACUCAAUCCAAUUUGAUGACUAUGACACUGAAGACGAAGAGUUUGACCACUCGGCUUCUCCUGCUCCUUCACAAUGGCGUUUGCUGAAAAUGAAUGCACCAGAGUGGGGCAGAGCCUUGCUUGGAUGCAUGGGGGCUAUAGGUUCUGGAGCUGUUCAACCGGUAAAUGCCUAUUGCGUGGGAGCGUUAAUAUCAGUUUACUUUCGACCUGAUAGACCUUCCAUCACAUCCCAUGCCAGAAACUACUCUUAUGUGUUUGUCGGCCUGGGAGUCUUCAACUUCUUUACCAAUGUCCUGCAACAUUAUAAUUUCGCUGUCAUGGGGGAAAAGUUAACCAAAAGAGUUAGGGAGAAGCUGCUUGAGAAACUUAUGACAUUCGAGAUCGGAUGGUUUGAUCGGGAUGAAAAUACUAGUGCUGCUAUAUGUGCACGUAUAUCAACCGAAGCUAACAUGGUUCGUUCCCUUGUAGGUGACCGAAUGUCGCUACUUGCCCAAGCAUUUUUUGGAGCUACUUUUGCUUAUGCACUAGGGCUAGUGCUAACUUGGAGGUUAGCCCUGGUGAUGAUGGCUGCUCAGCCAUUAGUGAUAGGAAGCUUCUAUGCUAGAAGUGUUUUGAUGAAAAGUAUGUCUGCAAAAGCUCAAAUUGCGCAGAAGGAAGGAAGCCAACUAGCAAGUGAAGCUGUUAUUAACCAUAGAACUAUUACGGCCUUCUCUUCUCAGAAAAAAAUUCUUGGGUUGUUCCAAGCAACAUUGGAGGGGCCACGGAAGGAGAGCAUCAGACAAUCCUGGUUUGCAGGUUUUGGCCUGUUUAGUUCUCAAUUUCUGGCAGCGGCUUCUACAGCUUUAGCAUUUUGGUACGGCGGAAGGCUGUUAACAAAUGGGCAAAUAUCUCCAGAGCGACUCUUUCAAGCAUUUUUGGCUCUGCUGUUCACUGCUUAUACCAUUGCAGAGGCAGGAAGUAUGACAAAAGAUAUAUCUAGAGGAAGCAAUGCUGUCCGCUCAGUUUUUGCAAUUCUAGACAGAAAGGCUGAGAUUGAUCCAAAUGAUUCACAGGGACAUGACGCAACCAAAACAAGUAUUAGGGGUCGAGUGGAGUUGAAGCAUGUACACUUUGCUUAUCUAUCAAGACCUGAGACAUUAAUCCUUAAGGGCUUGAGCCUCAAAAUCAGUGCAGGAACUACAGUAGCACUCGUUGGGCAAAGCGGAUGCGGCAAAUCAACAAUCCUUGGACUCAUUGAGAGAUUCUACGAUCCUCUUAAAGGUUCAGUAUGCAUUGAUGAAAGGGACAUAAAAGACUUCAAUUUGAGGACCUUGAGGACACAGAUUGCACUAGUCAGCCAAGAGCCAACCCUCUUCGCUGGAACUAUCUAUGAGAACAUUGCCUAUGGGAAGAAGGAUGCCAAGGAAUCUGAGAUAAGAAAGGCUGCAAUGCUUGCUAAUGCACAUGAGUUCAUAAGUGGGAUGAAGGAUGGAUACGAGACAUACUGUGGAGAAAGAGGGGUUCAGCUGUCUGGUGGUCAAAAACAGAGAAUAGCAUUAGCUCGGGCGAUAUUAAAGAAUCCCAGAAUCCUACUAUUGGAUGAAGCAACCAGUGCUCUUGACAGUGUAUCAGAGAGCUUAGUUCAAGAAGCACUGGAGAGAAUGACGGCCAGAAGAACAUGCAUUGUUGUGGCUCAUCGUUUAUCCACAAUACAGAAAGCAAAUUCGAUUGUGGUGAUCAAGGAUGGAAAGGUUGCAGAGGAAGGUUCACAUUCUGAUCUUCUUUCGUUAGGACGUAAUGGCGCCUACUAUGCCCUUGUAAAAACACCGGGAAGCAACUCUCCUUACCGGUGA